UAUCGUCCUGUUGUAACAAAAACAACUCGACAGCGAGGGUUACACCAGGGUUACCCCUCAAGUGAAUUAAAAAAAGGCUACCAUGCCGCCCUGAAAGGGUGGAUGGGUACGUCGACGGGGGACUUUCUAACUCUUCAUACCAGGAUGGAGCCCUGGUGGCACCAAUCCAUAGACAAACAUUGGGUCAACGUCUCCAACGCGGAGGUGUACGUACCAAGGAGGCUUCGCGCGACGAUCUUUGCUGGGGUCGUCAAAGUUAUU